AUGGCUUCUCUGGGGGCCAAGAUUCGAUUUUUGAUCACUGCAGGAGUUGGGUUCUUUGCCGAUGGAUAUCUCAACUUGACAAUUGGACUCGUGGUCCCGAUCUUGGGAUACCUCUACUACGAAAACGGCAAGGUCCCGGCUGUCUCCAGUGAUAUCAUCAAAGGUGGCCUUAGUCUGGGAAUGGUCGUUGGCCAGCUUCUCUUCGGUGUACUCAGUGAUGUCUUGGGUCGUCAUACCAUCUAUGGGAAAGAAUUGCUUCUCACAAUCUUUGGAACCCUGAUGGUCAUUCUCUUACCAUGGAAAGGAAUGAGUACUCACUCAGUGACUGCAUGGAUAGCAGUAUUCCGAGUCGUGACAGGUGUAGGAAUUGGUGCCGACUACCCCCUCUCCUCUUCUCUGUCCGCGGAAAGAUCGCCCUUUGGAUCCCGAGCAAAGCAGGUGCUGGCCGUCUUCGCGAAUAUUGGCCUUGGAAACAUUGCCGCUGGUAUUGUGUUUCUCAUUCUGCUCAAAGCCUUUGAGGGCUCUAUCGCAGAUAACCAGGCUCAUCUGGAAUGGGUCUGGCGACUCUUGCUGGGCAUUGGGAUUGUCCCGGCUGCAUUUACCCUCUACGCGCGACUGACCAUUACGGAAACUCAACCCUACAAGCAAUACGUAUGCGACGAGGCGGAUGGACAGAAGCGCGGGUUCGCCAAACAGUGGAAAGACUUCCGUGAUCAUUUCAGCCAGUGGAAACACGCAAAGGUCCUCUUCGCGACGGCCGCUUCCUGGUUCCUCUUUGAUAUUGCCUACUACGGAAUCAACCUCAACCAGAGCAUCAUCCUGGGCAAGAUUGGAUACGCCAAGGGUGCGACACCUUAUCAAACAUUGUACAAUACCGCUGUGGGUAACAUCAUCGUUCAAGUCGCGGGAUACCUCCCCGGAUUCUACGUCGGCAUCUUCCUGCCCGACCGUAUCGGCCGCACUCGCCAGCAAUUCUACGCUUGUAUCGCUGUUUGUAUUCUCUAUGCAAUUUGGGCCGGCAUUAGCACGCCAAGUGCACAUACCUCCACGGCUGGCCUCAUGGUUAUUUUCACCAUCUCUCAGUUCAUGCUCACCGUCGGACCGAAUUGUACGACAUUCCUCAUUCCCGCCGAAGUAUUUCCCACCCGUGUGCGUGGCACAGCACAUGGUAUCUCCGCGGCCGCGGGAAAAUGUGGUGCCAUUCUUACCUCGUUUGCUUUUGGAACCGUCGUGGAAGCUAUUUCUCUGGAAGGUGUUCUCGGCUUGUUCUCGGGUGUCAUGCUGCUCAAUGCCUUGGUCACGUUGUUGAUUCCCGAAACGAAAGGCCAUUCACUUGAAGCCAUUGAGCGAUGCGCGCAUUAUGGUGAUAAGGGUGACAUUGAAGAUAAUAUUGAAGGAUCCGGUACUGAUAGUGUCACCCAUGUGAAUGUUGUUGCUACCGGGAAUGGGUCUUUGGAUAAAGUGAUUUAG